UACAAGGACGUAAACAAAGAUGUGUGAUUAUUUCCAUCCUUCCUACCUUCAAGCAACUCUGGCAGCUCUAUGUACACUACAGGAGUCGUACCAACAAACGUACAGAAUCUGUACAGAUUCCAUUCAUGAACAUUUACCGCGGCGGAGAUCCGAAAAGGGAGAUAGUAAGCAUGCGCGUAGUCAUGGCGGAGUUUUAUCACAGCGCCACCCAGCUGCCUGGCAUGCAUAUCCAAUCGAAUUCCACACACUAUAGAGUCACCGUAUAUACGCAGAUUUCCUUCAAAACCACUCGUCUAAACGUGAAAUGACAAGACGCCACUUUUGCGUUUUCUGUUAGGAUGGUCCUCGUAUAAACGGCCCCUGGGUCUUAAUGAAGCGGCUCUUGGCGUUAGAAUUACUCUCCUCUGAUUGGACGACCACACGCUAAGCUCCCUCUGACCAAUCAGAGAGCAGCCUGUUGCUCUAUAUAACUUGCUGCCUGUCUCUUUACCGUGAUUCUAGUUUCUGUUUUCAGUGAGAAAGUGUGAUAGUGAAACAUGUCUGGACGUGGAAAAGGUGCCGGCAAAGCCAGAGCCAAGGCAAAGACCCGCUCCUCCCGGGCAGGACUCCAGUUCCCGGUUGGUCGUGUCCACAGAUUAUUGAGGAAGGGUAACUAUGCGGAGCGUGUGGGUGCCGGUGCCCCCGUCUACCUGGCGGCUGUGCUGGAGUACCUGACCGCUGAGAUCCUGGAGCUGGCUGGAAACGCUGCUCGCGACAACAAGAAGACCCGCAUCAUCCCCCGUCACCUGCAGCUGGCCGUCCGCAACGACGAGGAGCUCAACAAGCUGCUGGGUGGAGUCACCAUCGCUCAGGGCGGCGUGCUGCCCAACAUCCAGGCUGUGCUGCUGCCCAAAAAGACCGAGAAGCCCGCUAAGUCCAAAUAAACUGUCCACAUCCUACAACAAACCAACGGCUCUUUUCAGAGCCACACACGAACUCUCAAUG